CGCUUCUCCAGCAGGGGGCAACGGCGGACGGGAGGUGGUGAUGUCAGAUGUCAUUAGCAUAUUUCUGGCUAUAUCUAAUGCUUGCGCAAAGACGCGCCAGUACUGCUGCAACAACGCGGUGACCAGAACCCUUCCAGACAUCAGCCAACACAUCGACUAACUGCAACCAUGAGCGACAAGCCCGACCUUGCAGAGGUGGAGAAAUUCGACAAGUCCAAGCUGAAGAAGACAGAGACGCAGGAGAAGAAUCCCCUGCCGACAAAAGAAACCAUCGAACAGGAGAAGCUAGCAGGGACGUCGUGAAGCCCCUCCUCCCGUCAUGCACUGUACACCCCCCACCCCUCCUCCUGCAUUGCCUUGUUUUCAGUCACUUCUUUUAGCUGUAUAACUUUGUAACCGAAAUUAUGAAACGAUAACCAAGCUGCACAGCCUGUGGAUGGAUGAUGCCUUCGCCAAAGCCCUGGUUCCCCCCCCCUCCAGCUUUGUCACCUUAACCACCUGCGUGCUCAUCCUUCCGUAGGGAGGAGAUGAGGGAGAUCUCUCUGAGGCAGAGGGGAAUGGGGGGGGGGGACUGCAGAAGACGGUCGUAGAAGGCGCACGUCUCUUCUUUUAACACCGCCUCGACCACCAACAUCGACGUGCAGUGGCAAGAGAGAGAGAGAAAGAGAGGCCUGAGGGAUGGGGCGUGGCCUGCGUCCCAGGAAGCUCAUCAUUGUCUCACCAAAAAUCACCAACCACCACCGCCAUCACCCAACUUUCUGUGUGGCUGCUUUUGCGCCAAAGCUGAGGCGUCAAGCUUUUUUUUUUUUUUUUUGUUGUUGUUGUUUUUAUUGUUUUGGUUUUUUUUUUUUCUAAUUUUCGGAAAUGCACAACUUCGUCUGUACGCUGGCCAAAAUGUAAACGCCCCCCGCCCUCACAAAAAAAAAAAACUGAUACUGUUGUCUUUCACAGUGGGUUUUUUUUUUUUUCCUUCUUUUUUAUGUACACAAGGAUUUAAAAAUGUAACCGAUACCAUCUAGAUUCUGGGAGAUGCGGUGAAAAUGUAACCUGCUUUGGCCCUUUUUGUUUUUGUCGAGAGUGAUUUCGGGAUAGCUUUUGUGUUGUCUCUGAAUUGUUUCAAAUGAGAGCAAAGAAAAAGAAAAAAUGAUUCUGCCAAUCGAUUCCAUGUGUUUGCUUUGAACCGUAGAACGAAAUUCUCUGGAGUUUUGUAAAUUCCCAGCAGUCAUGUUACUCUGCCACAAACCAUUACCAGAAAUGG